UUGAUUCUCCCUGCAAUUUGUUUUACAAAUCAUAAAACAGCCGUCGGUAUUUCAACUAAACCAAGAUGGCGCCGCCCAUGAAAAAUAAAUACAGUAUUCUCCUGCCGACCUACAAUGAGCGAGAAAACCUUCCACUGAUUGUGUGGCUGAUCGUCAAAUCGUUUGCUGAAAGUGGUUUCAACUAUGAGAUUAUUGUCAUCGACGAUGGAAGUCCAGACGGUACCCUGGAGGUCGGUAAACAACUUGAAAAGUUGUAUGGCAAAGAUAAAAUUGUGUUACGACCAAGAGAAAAGAAGUUGGGAUUAGGUACGGCCUAUAUACAUGGCAUCAAACAUGCCACUGGUAACUUCAUUAUCAUCAUGGAUGCAGACUUAUCACAUCAUCCAAAGUUCAUCCCAGAGUUUAUCAAGAAACAGCAAGAUGGUGAUUUAGACAUUGUAUCCGGAACACGCUACGCUGGCACAGGAGGAGUGUAUGGCUGGGACUUCAAAAGAAAACUAAUCAGUCGUGGAGCAAACUUCUUAACACAGAUUCUACUUAGACCAGGUGCUUCAGACUUAACAGGAAGUUUCAGAUUAUAUAAAAAGGAUGUUCUGCAGAACUUGAUCGAGGCUUGCGUAUCCAAGGGUUACGUUUUCCAGAUGGAGAUGAUCGUCAGAGCGAGGCAGUUUAAUUACACCAUUGGAGAGGUUCCCAUCACCUUUGUGGACCGUGUGUAUGGCGAGUCAAAGCUUGGAGGGAAUGAAAUAAUUGGGUUUGCCAAAGGUCUUCUCAUGCUGUUUGCAACAACGUAAUGAGCGAUACAAACUCCGUUAGGCCGUGGUCGAAACUGUGACUCCAGCUACAGCAACAGCUAGAUUGCGCGCGUCUGCAAAUUCUUCAACACCUUGGAGAAGCGCCGAUGUAGCUGUAGCUGAAGCCGCUGUUUCGGACACGGCCUUAAUUCAAGCACGAGUGGACUACGGAAAGAUACAAUCGUUUUUACAUCCCAUAUCCAAUAAGUGAUGCAGACACAAUAAAUUAUAUAAUUCUGUGUUCCACUCGUGCCCGUGUGAUAAUGAAUUUAUCUUCAAGUGAACUUGAUGCGCAGUUUUAAAAAACAAUACAAAGCAAAAAUGCAGCAUUAGAACAGCUCGAUAGGACAGGGCUUGAUAUAAGCUUGCAAUAUAGGGUGUGUUCGUUUAGCUUCCCUUUGUCGACCCCGGUUUGCCCCCGAUACGUUCAAAUAGCUUUGACAUCAUAUCAGGGGCUCACCCGGGUCAGCCCCCAGUGCCCUGCUUGUGGAGUGGGUCAUGUGGGGGGUGACCAGAGGUGCAUGACGUUACCACGAAUGGGCGAAUGUGAUCGUUCGAUUAGCUCUUGUCAGGGGCUCACCCGAGUGAGCACCGCGGGGUCGACCCAGGGAAGCUUAUCGAAUGCACCCAAUGGUUAAUAUCAUACUCUUUUUGCUGUGGACUGACCAAGUAAAAGCGAGUAUUCAAGUUUGCUUGAAGAUAAGUUUUGAUGUUAAAUUUGGAAAACUCAGUAAUCUAAAGAUAAUACAAUUAAAUCAAUUAGUCACACAAAGCGUUUUUUUUUUUAUAGAGGAAACUUUUAUUAAAUACUCAUUAAUCUAAAAAUGAUACUAUUAAAUCAAUUAGUCACACAAAGCGUUUUCUUUUUAGAGGAAACUUAUAAAAAAAUUAUGAUAAAAAACACCUUUUAAGAGAUGCUAACAAAGGCCUGAUCAUUAUUUUGUGGUGUAAAAAAAAAGGAAAUUUGGGGCACGGGAUUGAACCACCAAUUAUAUUAAUGGCCCUACGUAUUAUUUGUAAUAACAACCCUUUUUCGCCUGAGCUAAGUACUAUUUCAAGCAGAUUAUUUUUUCUGCCAGAUCCCAAUAAAUGUUAUAAACAGAUCAUUGCAA